CACAAAGUCUUCGCGGCUUCCCCUGUCUGUCCCUCUCUCUCUCUCUUUCUCCCCCUCAAAAGCACAGUUAGACUUGCAGACUGAGAGAAGAGAGAGAAGCGCGUAAAGAUGGCCGAUUCCAAGGUGGAGACGAUCUCAAGACUGGCGCAAUGGAAAAUCGACAAUUUCGGACCCUGCUCUUUCAAAAAAUCCGAGCCUUUCAAGGUCGGAAUCUGGAACUGGCAUUUAUCCAUAGAGAAGAAUCGGUACCUCUACAUUCGCCUAUUUCCAGAGCCCUCGCGGGUCUCCAAGGAGCAGCCUCCGCUUGCUCGCUUUGUCCUCCGAGUCUCUAACACCGGCGCUAACCGCAGGCCCUACAUCUCCCCAAUUCAUGAGAGACUACUUCGGACAUCCGAAGACUUUGUUUGGCCUGUUGAUUCCACGUUCCUUGGUCGCUUCAUCAUUGACGUUGAGUUUCUGGACCUGAAGAUCUGCCCUCUGAAUGGUGGGGAAUCCUGUUCUAUAUGGCCCAGUGAUGGGAUGAUGCAAUCUUUGUCAGCCCAAAGCACUCUUCGGUGUCUCUCUCGUAUGCUUGAUGAGGCCAUCCAUGCUGAUCUCACCAUUAACACUGCUGACGGCACUUUAAGAUCUCACAAGGCAGUUUUGUCUGCAAGUUCUCCCGUGUUUCAUAGCAUGUUCCAUCACAACCUCAAGGAAAAAGAAUCCUCCACAAUCUACAUAGAAGACAUGUCACUGGAAUCUUGCAUGGCCCUCCUCAGUUACAUUUAUGGAACCAUAAAACAAGAGGAUUUCUGGAAGCACCGGCUGGCACUACUUGGGGCAGCCAACAAAUAUGACAUUGCUGACCUCAAAGACGCAUGUGAGAAAAGCCUCUUGGAAGACAUUAACUCAGGAAAUGUUCUUGAGAGGCUGCAAGAGGCUUGGCUUUACCAGUUGGACAAGUUGAAGAAAGGAUGCAUGAUGUACUUGUUUGAUUUUGGCAAGAUAUAUGAUGUUAGAGAUGAAGUUAAUAACUUUUUCAGGCAUGCAGACAGGGAAUUGAUGAUGGAGAUGUUCCACGAGGUGCUUACAGUUUGGAAGCCUGUUUAAAAUACUAACAUGGGAAUCAUAGGUACCUGUAUAUAUACUGCUGCAUAUAUGAGCAUGCUAGGUUUUGCAUGUCAGGAAGCAAUAGUUUCAGUUGUUUAAGAAUGUUUUAAUUUGGGACCAUUGUGAAUCUUGAUCUGGGGAUAACAAUCCUGUAAUUAUGUUUGAAGUAAAUGAGGCAGUGUUUUGUUGCUCUUA